AUUUUUAAAAUGUAGUCUACAUAGUUCCUCGUCUCAUUUUGUCACAGAUACCUUUGUUCCUGUAAGGACGGGGUUGAGGAUCUCUGUUCUUUAAGCCUGCUACAUUCUUUUGAAGUCGCACAUUACUUUUCAAAUCAUAACGCAUGUUUUAUAAUUACAGUGAAAAUACCGAAUAUGCAUUGGUCCUCGGAAAGGUGAGGAUUCAUGCUGAAAGAGAGUCAUACAGACUUCAUACUGCAUAAAACACAGAGGACGCAGAACCGGCUCGCACGACACGCACGUGCCGUCUCGCAGCCAACACCGCCUGCUUUCUGGGCGGAGCGUCGCGUGGCGGUCCUUAACAGUCUGGCGAAACGCAGAUAAAUAAUUUUAAUUAUUUGGUGUUUUAAACGGAUUCUUUUGUGAACUCGCACGUUCACUACAAGUGAUUCUUGCAGUACUUGACGUGUGAUACGUUUUGAUAACCUUGUUUUCAGUCUAACCUGUAUAGAGGUACUAUUUCGAUUCGCGGACGCACACUUUCUAAGUGCCAGGGAAACACUUCCGAUUAUUGAUAUUCGUCCGCGUUUAGCACAGCGGUUCAAAAAAGGAGGGGAUCGGCGCCAUCUUGAAGAGAGAAAGUCGUAGAGCGGGAAGGGGUGGUAAUUCUUAGCUAGUGCUCCAUAGUGUCGGUCUGGUUGUGGUUAGUUGUUUUGUAGCCAUUAUCUCUUACAGGAGAUUGAGCUACUGAUUGAAUUUGGUAAUUCUUAAUUGGUCCGGUUAAUUGAAGUAGAAGAGCUAUGUCUGGCGGUGGUGUGAUUCGCGGCCCAGCUGGAAACAACGAUUGCAGAAUAUGUGGCAAUCUUCCUCCCGAUAUUCGUACCAAAGACGUCGAAGAUGUGUUCUACAAGUACGGGGCGAUUCGCGACAUCGACCUGAAGAACCGGAGGGGAGGACCGCCGUUUGCCUUUGUGGAGUUUGAAGAUCCCAGAGAUGCUGAGGAUGCUGUGUACGGGCGAGAUGGCUAUGACUAUGAUGGGUACCGCCUGAGGGUCGAGUUCCCCAGGAGCGGUAGGGGUGGAGGGCGGGGGGGUUGGGGAGGUGUUGGUGCCCCCAGGGGCAGAUACGGACCCCCAUCCAGGCGCUCCGAAUACAGAGUCAUCGUCUCAGGCCUCCCGCCAAGCGGUAGCUGGCAGGACCUUAAGGAUCACAUGCGCGAAGCAGGUGAUGUAUGUUACGCAGACGUUUUCCGAGAUGGAACUGGGGUUGUGGAGUUUGUUCGCAAGGAAGACAUGACCUACGCAGUCCGAAAGCUGGAUAACACUAAGUUCCGGUCCCAUGAGGGGGAGACGGCGUACAUCCGCGUGAAAGUGGACGGCCCUCGGAGCCCGAGCUACGGGCGAUCACGCUCCCGCAGCCGGAGCAGGAGCCGCAGCCGGAGCAACAGCCGCAGCCGGAGCUACUCGCCACGCCGCAGCCGCGGCUCGCCGCGCUACUCCCCGCGCCAUAGCCGUUCCCCGCUCCGCGCACCUGAGCGCCCGGAAAGCCGUCGCUUGACCAGCUGUGCUUCAUCACCCUCCCAGUUUCUGUUCAUUUUGGUUUGCGACCUCCUCCAUUUUUAUGUGAAGUCUUUCCCCCCAUUAAGAACUUUAUUUGGUAUGUGUGUAUAACAACCCCCUGCUCUUGAAUUUUUGAGUCCCCCCCCCCCCCUCCACUGUUUGUCCUGCAUACACUGCAUUUUAACCCGGCUGUUUACUCCCAUCCCCCCCCCCCCCCCCCCCCCCAAUGACCUACUAAAGGUGGAGUUAUGUUCUGUAGUGAAUGUUCAUAAGCUUUCUUAUGUGUUUGGUGGUUUUUCGGGUGGGCUGGGUGUUUGUUGGUGUAGUGGGGAUCGUGUUGCAAAACUGUUCAAUUUUACUCUUUCGUGUCUUUCUAUAGACAUCUGACGGGCAGGAUUAAACAGUGCUUGGGGAUAAAGGAUUGUGAAGCACAGUUCAUUCAUAUUAGGAUUAUCAGAGCGUUUUUGGGAGGAGCUGAAGUCAGAUCAUUGGAGGCAAUGGUAUGACAGCAAGUGCUUCGGUUACCUCUUAAACUUGGCAGUAUUGAUCAUUAUUAGCAUCCUACCAAUAGCGUAACUUCCUCAGGGCCACUGGCCUUCAGUGGAAUACGUUACUUGUGCUUCUGCUUUCCCAGAUGGCCCCGCCCCGAAUUCCCUACCUAUCAGUACUGCUAAGCAUGCAUGAAUGUAAUGAUGCUUGUGCACCAUCCAUGGAAACAAUCUUUUAAAGUACUUAAUCAUUUAGUACUUUGUGCCCCCACAGUAUGUAUACUGUGCAGGAUUUCUGUUUAAAUGUCAUCUAGCUUAAUGAUGGAAACGGCAAUUCAUUGUAGUUUUAGACUGGCUUUGUGGACACAUCAUAGCAUAUUUCAGCCUGGCCCAAUGUACAGACAUUGUUUUGGGGGGAAUAUUGACCCAAUUUUCUUUCUGUUUUAGAUUACCUGGGUUUUUCACUGAGUUGAUUUGGGAGGUGAUCAUUGACUGGUAUCCUAAACAUAACAUUUUGAACUUGUACUUCCAUCUACAAAUGACACCAGCCAGAUGAUCUCCUCCCAGAUGAAUAGUAUUAGAAAAGAGGAGAGCUUUUUUUUUCUUUCUUUCAUUUAGCUCUAAUUCUAACUUCUUGCCUCCUUCUUUUUGAUUUUGCCGGAAUCCAAAGGUUUGGAUUGGAGGAGGGGCUCUGCGGAUCCCGGUCCUGGGAGCUGGAUCGUUGGAUCAGUACAUAAUCAGGAUAGGAUAGGCUAAGGAUGGAUCGGAGGAAGAGGGAUCAGAUUACCCGGACCCGUAGGAGUGGAUCCCUCGACCCCCACCCCUCCCCACCAUAUCACGGUUAACGGGAUUAACAUCCAAACAUCACCUCGAAAUUGGCAAUUCAGUCAAAUUUUUGUGGAGCCCCCAGGGAUGAGCGCGCACCUUGGGAACCGGCCUUUUUUAUUUUAACUUGGUGUAAGAGGAGCAAAACGAGGACCAGGAGGCUGGAUCAAUCUGCUUGGAUGGAUUCCGCAUUUGGAGCCUGGUAAAUAGGAGUUUAGUUUGGGGGGGGGGUUGUGUGUGUUUUUGUCCCUUUUGGUAGUUUGUUCAGGUUAAGAAAUUUCUCCUUGGUGAUUUGCCAUCAGGAAAGGAGUUGGUUGUUUUGUCUUUUUUUCCCUCCCUAGUUUAUAGUGUCACCCCCACACCUUUAAUAAAGACUUAAUACCCUA